UACCCAACAAAAUUGAAUGUCUGUAUUGAUUAUUUUAGUUAAGAGUGGAUAUGAAGUUGCUCGGCUUAAAUCACCAUUUACAUUCGACGAUUCAGAAACAGAGGUAAAACUUUUUAAGAUAUUUGGGUACAGUAGUAUAAUACGAACAUGCAUCCAUUUUAAGGGCUUCCUGCCACAGAUCUGUGGUGGGAUGGAAUGCCAGCAAACUCUCGCAAAGUAACAUUUGGCAGAGAUUAGACAGGUUCGGAAAUAUUUGGUAUGAGGUUUAGCUAAUUUUUUCAGGUGGGAGGAAACUGAAAGGGAUAUUGCAAUAAAAAUUAAUUUUGUCUGAUUUGCUGAAGUGCUAUGCGUGCGAUGAUCAUGUGCACAAUGGCUUCGACGCCAAUGUAGAUGUUGUCAACAACAAGCCAGUUUCGAUAUAAAUAUAUUUUCUCAGAGAAACUUUGAUUUUCUCGACUUACGCAACUUUGUUGUUGUUGUUGUUGUUGUUGUUGUUGUUGUUGUUGUUGUUGUUGUAACGUAUUUUUGAAAAUUACUUCGCCAAUGAUCUUACAAGAUCGAUCGUUUUUGAAGCAAUUUAACAUUCGCAGCGCGUGUUUUAUCAGACCUAAAGAUACUGGCCUCGUAUCCCUAUAUCCGAUAAAACACAGACUGCUGUUCAUGUUGUAAAUAAUACAUAAAUAUGCCCAAAUUCAACCCACUUUUCGACAGUCUAACUAACGGCAGACAAUUUUAUUCAUUUGUCUACUAGGAGAGGCUUUUUAUUUCGCCUUUCAAGUGGCAUUUCUCCCUAAAGCCCGCCGCACACGAGCGCACUUGUCGCGCGUACUUGUUAUUCGUGACAAGUUGGAUCGACAAAAUUUCUUCGUGUGCGGGCAACAUUUACGGCAUUUUCGUCAUUCGUCACAUGUAAACCAAAUAUCAAACAUGUUUGAUCUUUUCCUCAUUCGUGAAAAAAAAAUUCUCCUGUGCGGCGAGCAAACGACACGCGCCUGAAUAGGAAAAUUUGCGCUGGCGUCCAACUUGCAGAAUUAAAAACAACAUGGCGGAUCAAAAUCACAAGCUCGUGUCUUGUUUUUAAGGUUAUAUUGACUACAUUGGUGUGUUGUUGUUUCUAAAUCAAACCAUUGGCAGAAAAUUUGCAAAACAUUUAAGUUUCGUGUGUCAAUGGAGCAUGUCAGUUAACAUUUUUUCACGUGCUUGUCAUUCCAAAAUUGCAGUCGAAAUAAAGCCUAUCAAGGCUUUUAAGAUUUUUACAUUUUACUUGUAGGACGGACAAACGGCUCUUUAUUGGGCAGCGAGGCGUGGAGAUGGUGCAAUGGUGGCAAAUUUGUUAGAAAAAGGUGCACAAGUGGAUGCCAGGGAUAAGGUGUGAAUAGAUAUGUUUGUUGGCCACUUGUACAGACUUGGUCUAUUUCUGUCAUCCCACUAAAUUUCACCAGUUAUAAUGUGAAUAGGAAAAUAGGAUGGAAUGAUAUGUAUGUUUGUGCAGAUAUAGUCUAUCAUUACACAUCUGUGUCAUCUGUAUUGUAUCCAACAUGACUCAUGUAUGUAUAUAAUGGACCCUAUUAAUACGGUCAACAAUUUCGGGCCAUUUAGUCGUGGUAACGGGGUAAUGGUGUUAAAACAGUCGUGGCCAUAUCAAGAUGUGUGGGAUAUUUGGAUCCAUGCAUCAUAUUAGCUUCAUGAACGCGAUUGCAAAACGGUACAAAAAAAAACUAUGGCUGAAGAGACCAGACUAACACAACCAAAACUGUGUAUUGGUUGCGGAGAUUCAGGUUGCCAUUAUAUUUCAUCCCUUUUGUUGCCGUAUGUAAAUUUAGCAAAUAAUAUAUAUGUAGUUUAAUAUUAGAAAUGGUUCACACUAUAUUUUGACUACUUUACUUAACUGACGUAUUGGAAUUUCGAACGUCAUUGAGCAGCCUUAGAUAUUACUGUUAUCUCUUUGAAAGUACAACACAACAACUCGAGAGUUUUUUGCGAUCUCUCUUUCGCACAAGAAUUACGACAAUGAUUGCAAGUGCAUGAGUAGUGGACACCAGUAGUUUGGGGAAGAGGGGACGGAGGUGGCGGGGGGAUGAUGUUAUUAUAAAUGGGUGGAAUAGGUAGGUUUCGCCAGGUUUCGCUAAGCACUGUCGUGCUGAAUACGCAUGGUGGUCAAUCAGCAGUUAACAGAGUGAGAAAAUGUUUUUAUUCAAUUGAAUAUAAUUGAGAAAUUUACCACUAGUUAAAUAUUUCAUUCUCCAAUAUAUAAAUGUUAACCUUUCUGGCAGAAAAUUUGGAAAAUAUUUAAGUUUUGUGUGUCAAUGGUGCAUGCCAAUUAAUAUUUUUUCACGUGCUUGUCACUCCAAAAUUGCAGUUGAAAUACAUUAGUGUAACAAGGCUUUUAAGAUUUAAAUUUUUCUUUGUAGCACGGACAAACGGCUCUUCAUUGGGCAGCGAUACAUCGAGGUGGUGAAAUGCUGGCAAAUUUGUUAGAAAAAGGUGCACAAGUGGAUGCCAGGGAUAAGGUGAGGAUAUAUAUGUAUGUUCGCCCCUUGUAUAGACUCACUUGGUCUAUUUUCUGUCAUCCCACUGAAUUUCAC